CAGGAAGACUGAUCUCUUAAUGAAAUAUAGAACAACUAUCUCAGAAAAACGAAAAUGGGCAAUCGUCAUAGCCAGUCUUACUCCCUCUCAGAGGGCAGCCAACAGUUGCCCAAAGGGAACACUCAGCCCUCGGCCACAGUGCAGCCUCUCAGCCGUCCCUCGGGAAGCUCAGAGACAGAGGCCCGUCAGCCUGCCAAAACGCGAAGUCCUCAGGGUUUUGACGUGGAUCGAGACGCCAAAAGGCUGAACAAAGCCUGCAAAGGAAUGGGAACUGAUGAAGCAGCCAUCAUUGAAAUCUUAUCAAGCAGGACAUCGGAGGAGAGGCAAAAAAUAAAGCACAAGUACAAGGCAACGUAUGGCAAGGACCUGGAGGAGGUGCUCAAGAGUGAGCUGAGCGGAAACUUCGAGAACACAGCGUUGGCCCUUCUGGACCGCCCCAGUGAGUACGCUGCCCGGCAGCUGCAGAAAGCCAUGAAGGGUCUGGGCACAGAUGAGGCGGUGCUCAUCGAGGUCCUGUGCACGGCAACCAAUAAGGAAAUCAUCGCCAUUAAAGAAGCCUACCAAAGGCUAUUUGACAGGAGCCUUGAAUCAGAUGUCAAAGAUGAUACAAGCGGAAACCUAAAAAAAAUUCUGGUGUCCCUGUUACAGGCUAAUCGCAAUGAAGGAAAUGAUGUUGACAAAGAUCUAGCUGGUCAGGAUGCCAAAGCUCUGUAUGAUGCAGGGGAAGGCCGCUGGGGCACUGACGAGCUUGCCUUCAAUGAAGUCCUGGCAAAGAGGAGCUCCAAACAGUUACGAGCCACCUUCCAAGCCUAUCAAAUUCUCAUCGGUAAAGACAUCGAAGAGUCCAUUGAAGAAGAAACAUCGGGGGAUCUGCAGAAGGCCUAUUUAACUCUAGUGAGGUGUGCCCAGGACCGUGAGGGCUAUUUUGCUGAGCGUCUGUACAAGUCCAUGAAGGGUGCAGGGACAGAUGAGAAGACGCUAAUUCGCAUCAUUGUGACCAGAGCAGAGAUUGACCUUCAGGGGAUAAAAGCAAAGUUCCAAGAGAAGUACCAGAAGUCUCUCUCUGACAUGGUUCGCGCCGACACCUCUGGGGACUUCCAGAAACUACUGGUGGCCCUCUUACACUGAGCCAAGCCAGAGCAGAAGCAGCACGGGGAGGACCCACCUGUCCCAAGAGCCUGUUCCAACUCAGAUCUGCAAAUGGGACUCCAGCAUGCAAGACCCUCCAGGGUCCUGGAUUAUUCUCUUGCAGUUGGAUCAGCGCAGCCAGGCCACGCUGUUUAAGUCAAGGGCAGCAGCUUCCAUACGCUUGGGCAGGUCACCCUGAACACUGCUUAGCGAGCAUCUGGGCUGCCUCCUCCCUUCCCUUUAGCAUGGUAAUUAAAUAUCUUCUAAGCACAAAUGAAGUUAGAGGUUGUUGAAAAAAUUACACAUUUGUAAUAAUAACACUUUUAGAAGAAUGUGCAUCAUACAGGGGUGUGUAUAUCUUGGGUAAAAACUGAACCAGUUAACUAACUUUCCGUCAUGUAUUCAAUUUCAAAGCUUAAAUGUUAAUUAAAGUUGCCGGUUAUGCUUCCAUCAGCUGCUUUUCCAAAGACUGGAUUGAUUCAUUUUGGCUCUUGGCCUGGAAAUAUAUGACUUGUGAAAUCCAAACAUACUUGGGAAAUGCAAAUAGUUACAUUUAUUAAUAAUCCCCAAGGACGGUAAUCAAGGCUAG